UUGUAAGAUAUGCAGUCUGUGAUAUUUUGUUACAGCAACCCAAUCAACUAAGAUAUCUUGCGUUGAAGUGAUUUGUAACAUUCACUAAUAUUUCCUCUUGGGGGUAAAGGAAGAAAGUGGGCAUAGCCAUAGGACUUGUUUUGGCCAAUGAAAUGUGAGCAGAAGUGAAGUGUGUCACUUCCACUUUAAGAACCUGUGUGUGAUUCACCUAAUUCCCUUUCUGCUGCCAUGGCAACAGGCAGCAUACUAGAUGAUAGAGGUUCUACUAGCUGAGGACAAUAAAGAGCAGAGCCCCAGCUGACUCAUAAAGGACAUGUAGCACAAGUGAAAAAUAAACCUUCAUGGUUUUAAAUCACUGAGAUUUGUGGAUUAUUUGUUACUGCAGCAUCACCUAGCCCCUCCCUACUGGCUAAACCAAAUUGACAUCACCAUUCCCACGAUACAUCUCUCUGCAUGAAGCCGUAAGAGGGUAAACAAUGCAGCACAUCGGAAUACAACCCCAUAAAACAUUCCAAAUUCUCGCCAGCAUUCUUUCUUCCUCUUGGCUUUUAUUAGGGUUGGGGUAUGUGGUUCAUCACAAAGAAUGAGUAUUUUGAUAGCUUCUCAUUCUUGGAACUAUUCUGCAGGUUUAUAACAAAGCUCAGAAAAUGCUAAAUCUUAAAGGAGAAUUGAGAGGUACCAAGGAAAUGAAAGAUGAGGUGGGGGAGAGAGACAGAGACAUAAGCAGUCUGAACAGCAAGCUCUUGAGCCUGCAAGCUGACAUCAAGAAUCUACACAAUGUCUGCAAGAGACAGGGGAAGACCUUGCAGGAGAAUCAGCUCUGUGUGGAAGAGGCCAUGAUGAACAGCAGCCACAGUAAGAAGCCAGCUUUAGCAUUUGAGGAGUCACACAUGGAUUUUGAGCCCAAUAAGCAGUGUCAUCUAAGGCAACUCCAACAACUCAAGAAAAAGCUGCUGGCCUUUCAGCAAGAACUGGAGUUUCGCACCGAGGAGUUGCAGACUUCUUACUGUUCCCUCUUGCAGUAUCAGUCCGUCCUGGAGAAGCAGACUUCCGACCUGGUUAUUCUCCACCAUCACUGCAAGAUGAAAGAAGAUGAGGUAUAGAUAAAGUAACUAUGGAAGUG